AUGGAAUAAGAAUAAGUGAAUCAGCUUAGCAAAAUUACUAUACCUUAUGAUUGGAGUCUAAACUUUUAAGACAAUCUGAAUAGAUUCAUAGAGUAUUACUUAAGUCUCAUUGAUUUUAUUGGUCCUAUUGCAUAUAAAACUGAAACUUUGACAAUUCUGGUAAAAAAUUAGAAGGCCUCCGAAGACUGUUGGCUAGAUAUGAAAGAGUUUCAUGAAAUAUUUUAAUUCAUACCUACAGAAGCUAAGAAUAAGCUGCAGUAUGUUUUAUAACGAUAUCCUGAAGAGCUAAUUGAAAGAUUUUAGAAAUAAUCAAAAGGUCAAGAUUAGCCUCAGAAAGUUAAACAAGAUACAAUCUUCAGACUCAAUAAUUCCUCCUUCCACUAAGAGUCUGCUUCAACUGAAGCGAGACAAGAAAGUUUUGCUUGCUCCUCCCCACUCUAAGUUCGAUAAAUUAUGUAGCAGCUAAAACUCAACCAGUCUAAAAAUAAGCUCAAUGAAAAUUAAGUUGAGCCUGAUACACCAAGAUUUACAGAUUCAAGAAAGAAUGAGGAAGCUUAAUAACUUCAACAAGAUAUUCAUCUCUCUAUUCCUAAGAGUGGUAUGAGCCAAUCCAAGAUUAAUGAGAAACCAAAUCUCUUCUUUUAGGAUCAAGCUCAAUUUCAGUCAUUAAAUGAGUUUGAAAUGCAUGAUUCUAACUUGGACAUAGAAAGCUACAUAGAAGACAAUAGUGAUUUCGAAGAUUUCUAAGAACAUGAACAUUUCCAUCUUUCAAAAAGCUAAAAUCAAUCAAGAAAGAAUAUCUUUCACACAAGAAAAAGUCCUAGAAGAAUUAUGUCCCCUAACUACAGCCCAAUGAGAAAGAAUCAUAGACAAAUCAGCAAACAAAGGCAAGCAGGAAAUCAUUCUAAGUAAAUGAAUAUAGGAAAAAGCCAAAAAAAAUAUAAGGAUAAUGAUGCAAUCGAGGCAAUUGGCUAAUUGAAGAAUACUUAUUUCCACGAUUUGGAAGACCUAAGAAAGAAAUUCAUGAACAUCUUAAUUGCAAGAAAUAGAUAAUUUAAACCAUUGAUAUAUGAGACUAAUUCCUACGUCUACUUGAAAUGCGAGCAGUGCAGACUUUUCUAAGUGUGGUUCAAGAGGGACCCGAAACACGGAGGUUUGAUUGAAUGGUUCAGAAAUAUAAAUCUCAAUCAUUAUGAUGGAUUACAUUGA